CGAAUGCAAAUGUGAUGCCAUCGUUGCAGGACAGGUUUGACGAGCGCCAGCCGAACACUCUGCAGUGUGUUCAGCAGCAGCAAGGUGUGUGCGUCUCUCACUGCCGUCAUGACUGAAUCCUUUGAAAAAGCCGUAGAGGACGUGAAGGUACUGAAACAGAAGCCAGACAGUGGAGAAUUGUCUGAACUAUAUGGUUUAUAUAAGCAAGCCACAGUUGGUGAUGUUAACAUAGUUCGUCCUGGGUUCUUUGACCUCACGGGACGAGCAAAAUGGGAUGCAUGGCAGGCAAAGAAAGGUCUGUCCAAAGAUGAAGCAAUGGUCGCCUAUGUUAAUUUGGUCGAGAAGCUGAAAGAAAAAUAUGGAAUAUAAGGUUUCUCUUGGUCAACAUUUUGGGAAAUACGCAUUUGCUUUUUUUUUCCAAAAGCAUCUUUAGAUGUCUGUAUGCCAUCCUGUCCAAACAGUCUGCCUGCUUUUGGACACAGCUAGGCUAGCUGUUGCCCCCUGGCUCCACUUUACACGCAAAGCUAAGCUAAUCGCCUGCUAGUUAGUUCACAGACAUGAGAGUGGUACCAAUCUUCUCGUCUAACUCUUGGAAAGAAAGCGAAUACGUGUGUUUUUGAAAUUGUCGGCCUGUCCCUUUCAAGUGAAAAUACAAUAUACAUUUUCAUUGAGAAAGUUUAAAUACAUAGCCAGUUCUGUACACAGGUACUAUAAAAAAUAAAGACUUGCUCUUUGAACCUCA